AUGACCGAGAGGCAGUACAGAACUUUCCCCAGUAACAGUGUGUGUUUCUUCUCCUUAAACUGUGUCCUGCCCAGGGUCUCACCUCCCGGUGGGCUCCCCAAGACCUCUGCCAAGUCCGGUUUCAUAAGGAGUGAUAAUCCCCACAGGGGGCCGUUUUGCCUUGUCUGGCUGGCGUUUCUGUUUCAUGGUCUGGGCACUGACCUUGAGCUGAGGCAACCCUUGCACUGCAGAGAGGAUGUAAUGGGGAGACAGCGCUGGGUUUGGGGUCCCACUGUUAUAUUUACAUCAUUUGUUAAACACACAUUAUUUCCAUUUCAUCUUGAUGCUGGGUGCCAUUUUCUGCAUAGACAUUUGCUUUUGCUUACUCACUGA